AGUAUAAAACUCGGGCGCUUCCACCAAAGCCUGACACAGAAGGUGGAAUCGGCUCCAGAGUCAGACUCCCAAAAGUGCUUGCAGAUCGGCACGGCACAAAGGGAGCUGCCGCCGGUUAACUUCGAGUCUGCGAACGCGCGGUGGACUUCAGCCCCCCCCCCCUCCGUCAGUAUGAAUCAUCUGCUGGCCUUGACCCUGGCCUCCCUGUGCGUGACCGCGACCCGGGGUCAGUCGUGCCAGGAGGAGUGCGUGACCUGCGACCACUUGGCUCGCCAGGCGGCCGCCUUCAGCUCUCUGGUGUGCAUCUUGGAGUGCGAGGGCUCGGUCGCAUCCUCCAGCACCUGGAGGUGGUGCCGCGAGGCCGUGCACGUGCUGGCCACUCGCGACGCGGCGCUCGCUCACGCCCUGCGCGCAUGGGGGGGUCGUGGCGGUGGUGUCGAAGGGGACCCGGCGACCCUCGUCGCAGGGACCAGCAGCGGCAUCGUGAAGCGUUACGGGGGCUUCAUGAGAAAGGGCAAGAAGCUCCACUCUGCGUCCAGCAAGGCCGCCAACGACAAGCGCUUCUCCGUCUUCUCGGAGCGAGACGGAGACGACCUCCAGAAGAUGGAGGAGGCCAUGGACGCGGCGCUGGGAGAUCUGCAAGCGGCGUCGGCGGCGGCGGCGGCGGGGAACGCCGCUGGAGCCGAGGCGAACGGAGCUCUGGUCGAGUCGAAGCGCUACGGCGGCUUCUUCCGUCGUCAGAGAAGCGACGACGAGCAGCAGCAACAGCAGCAGCAGGAGGAGGCGGCGGCUGCGGAGGAGGAGCGAGACGAGGACGACGACGACGGAGGAGAGGGGAACGCCAACAGCAGCAGCAGCAGCGGCGGCGUCGUCGUGAGCGACGCGGCCGCCGAGGGCGAGGCCGCCGGCGCACGCGAGGGCGCGGGCCGCCGGCACGAGGUGGAGAAGCGCUACGGGGGCUUCAUGCGGCGGCUGGGCAGGCCCUCAAAGAAAGAGGGCGGGCGCUACAAAUCAAUCCUCCGCCAGUACAUGGAUCUGCAGGAGCCCGGUGUUGGCGUCACCAGCGAGGAGCUCACCGAAGAAGAAGACCUUCAGCAGCAGCAGCAGCGCCUCCGCCACCACCACCAGCAGCAGCAGCAGGUGGAGGAAGAUGACAAAAAGAGAUUCGUGGGCUUUGCGCGGAGCUGAACGCACCGGCCCAACCACGCCGACCGUGCAUUUGACGUCGCGUCCGUCUGAAGAGCGCUGCGCUCACCCCCCCCCCCCCCUCUCUCUCUAUCAAUGUGCUCGUCUAAAGCCGCUAAUAAAAAAAUAUAUAUAUGACGAUGAUGAUGAUGAUGUACCCCCCUCCCCCCCACCAAAAAAAUCCCCCACCUCCACCCACCCACUCCGGUGUGAGAUUACUUCAUGUAAGCGUCGAGAGAAGAUUCCUUGGGAGAUGUAACGAGAUAAUCAUGUUAUUUUUGCAUUGACCCGUGAUGGCAUAUAUAGCUUAGGUGUUGAUCAAUGUUGAAUAAAACCUAUAACAGAAGUGUGCAGCAUACCUGACCGCCUGCGUUGUAUAGUAUUACGGAUUGCAAUACGUCAUGUCGUCGUCGAUGCGGGCUGAUGUAGGGACUUUGCAGUUCUGUGUCGCCUUAUACUCAAGACAUUGUCAACGGGAAAUUGCACGGCGAUCCAUUUAUAGAUAUCCCACUAUACGGUUAGCAACGUUGUUUUCACUUAGUUAAAUCCUCUAACGUCCUUCGUACUGUAGGGACACGGUCAGCCUGUAGGAUCGGACUGUAGGGAAACAGGGGGACGAUAGGGGUUGCAUUGUUCCGUCGUGCUCGUUCGCCUCUCGUCUCAGGACUGCAGUCGGUCAAUCCCAUCGUGACCAGCAGUGUGGCGGGUAUAUUGGGAUCGAGUUGAUCCUAUAGUCUGCGACUCGCCCCCUAUAAGACCCCUCUCUGGCCCACCUCUGGGAAAGAGAUUACCAGAGCAUGUAUUUUUUUGUUUGCAUGUUCAGCACGGGUACCGCGCGUGGUUAAUUCAGACUUAAUUUCUUGCAAAAAAAUAUUGCCAGAAAGAGUAAAAAAGCAUUCAUAUUUUUUCAUAAGUAAUAGAUGCUUGGCGAGGCUAUCUGCGUAGAAAAGUGACGUUGACAAAAACCCACGUAAAAAAACUGCAGCCUUAAACAAGGGGGGAGACAUAUAUACAACGGGCGACGUUUCGGGCAAUGGCCCUUCUUCAUUGCAGAAGAUAGACGGGAAUGUUGAGUGUUUUAUUUUUACUGAAGAACCCAAGGGGGCGGUUGGGAAAUAGUGUGGUAUCUGCAAAUGGAUCACCGCAUACAUCAACCACCAGAGUGAGACACCACGUGGGUAGCGUCGCGUCAUCACACGCACACACACACGCGCACGCGCGCGCGCACUUGGCUUAUGUUCGAGUUGAUAAUGAACGCCACAAAUGUCUGGCAAAUCAACGUAAAUACAUUGUGUUCUUGCUGUUGUGAUGGACAAAAUAAAAUAUACAAAAAAUA